AUGGAUGAAAAUUCAGCACUUCCAUUUAUGCUCUCUUUGCAGGCAGCGCCGAUGGACAAGGAGGAAAUCGAAGACUUAAUCAAGAAGUGCUUUGAAGCAGAUAACAAUGGAGAAAUAAAUUUCCUCAGCUUCUGGUCAGGGAUGGAGAAUCUCCUCGAAUUGCUGGGGAUCCGAGAGCCGGCCUCGCAUGUAGACGAUAAGGUUUAUGGAUUGCAAAUUUUCAGGGAUGGUCUGCUUGCUGAGGCCAUCAACAAGCACCAAGGACCCACAAGCAGCGUGCUGCUCUCGAGAGACGAGGUUCUACGCAUAAUUGACCAGACGAACAAGGCAGUUACGUCCCGUCAUAGCAGGGAAAAUGCGGAAGGCACUAGGCGCGACGAAGGAUCCUGCCAAGGGGGUGAUAGCUGUGCUUCAAGUCUAUUUUGGGAUGAAGUGUACAGAGAGACAGCGCUACUGGAGUCAAAUUCUGUUCUUUCAAUUACUGAGCUUUCCAUGAUGGUUUUUGGAUUUCUUAAGAGCUAUCUAAGGCAGGAACCCGCAGGAAUGAAACACUCGGAAGGGGAUCCAUCCAGUGUUGGCAAGGCAGUCGAGCAGGAAGAAACUGAACAUGCUGUGCACUCCGAUGCAUGGAGGAUCAGAAGCGGUGUCUCUGAUGCAAGCUGUGAGCCAGCUGCACAUGCCGUGGCUGGCAUUCCUGCUGGGCUCAGGCAUGAUGAAGCAGUUGGACAGAACGUGCACAGACGUAUAUCGGGUUCUGCUAAUAGGGAAAGUGGAAAUGUGGAUGGUAGCUACAGCCCUCCUAUGACGCAUGGGCGGUGGCAGGAGUCUGGGGAUAGAGAACAUUUACGGGAACAUCGGAAGCAUCUUCAAGACCGUGCCGCAAGCAGAAAUGAUAUUUCAAGUUCUACUGUAGGUGGAUGUGAAAGAGGCUCGGAAGGUCAAACAUAUCGAGAGGUUUCUGAAUCGGAACAUUUUGAUGCCUCGCACAUUUUAAAAGGGAUAGACUCUGACGACCCUUUCUCGCAGCUGCGGCAUUUGCUGAUAUUUGCCGGGGAAGUUGUUGAGCGUGGGGUCGUUUCCAAGAAGGACGUGCAGCAACUACGGCACGUGAAUGCAGCAGCAGUCGACUGUGUGGACCGAAUACUUGUUGAGCGCGACAAAAGAAAUGAGGAGGUCAACGACGCAGUGUUGUCCCUUAGAAGGAUGCGAACAGAAAAACAGCAGCUAAUCGAGCGCCUCACGACGGUCGAGCACCAACAUAGUCAGUUGCAGCUGCAGCAGGAGCAGCAACUUUGCGAACGCGAGAAAGCUGGCCAACUACAGGCAGCCCUGGAUUCGGAGCGGCAGGAGCGCGAGCGCCUUCGAGCACUACUACGUGAUAAGGAGGAGCAUCUGAUGGAUGUAACCCACGAGAGAGAUGCGCUACUUGACAAGAUCUCAUCUCAAAAUGAUGAAUUCAAUCGCCUUUUGGAGGUUGCGCAAAAGGAGAAGACCGACUUGAAUAAAGACUACCGCCAACAAACAGAAACUUUAAUGA